GGUCCCAGCCGCCGCUUCCCUCCCGUUCAGCCGCCGCUGCAGCAGCAGCCGGUCUGGCUUCAUCCGGAGCUGUAAAAAGAGACUGAAAACAGAGAGAACCGCAGAUCAGACAAACAAACCCGAGCCAUGCUUCCAGGGGUCGGGGUGUUCGGCACCAGCCUGACCGCCAGGGUGAUCAUCCCGCUGCUGAAGAAUGAGGGCUUCGCCGUCAAAGCGCUGUGGGGCCGGACGCAGGAGGAGGCGGAGGAGCUGGCCAAGGAGAUGAACGUACCGUUUUACACCAACCGGAUCGACGACGUGCUGCUGCAUCAGGAUGUGGAUCUGGUCUGCAUCAACCUGCCGCCGCCUCUGACGCGGCAGAUCGCGGUCAAAACACUGGGUAUUGGAAAGAACGUCAUCUGCGACCGGACAGCAACGCCUCUGGAUGCCUUUCGAAUGAUGUCAGCAGCCCAGUACUACCCCAAGUUGCUGAGCAUUAUGGGAAAUGUGCUACGUUUCUUGCCAGCCUUUGUGCGGAUGAAGGAGUUGUUAGAGGAAGGGUACAUCGGGGAGCUUCUGGUCUGUGAGGCCCAGGUCCACAGCGGUAGUCUCCUGGGGAAGAAAUACAACUGGAGUUGCGAUGACUUGAUGGGAGGCGGUGGUCUGCAUUCGGUGGGCAGUUACAUCAUCGACCUGCUUACGUUUUUGACCGGUCAGCGUGCAGCAAAAGUCCAUGGCUUCCUCAAAACCUUUGUCAAACAAACAGAUCACAUCCGGGGUAUCCGUCAGAUCACCAGCGACGACUUCUGCACGUUCCAGAUGGUACUGGAAGGAGGAGCCUGCUGCACCGUCACACUCAACUUCAACGUGCCCGGAGAGUUUCGGCAGGAGGUGAUUGUUGUGGGGACGGUGGGAAGGUUAACGGUCAUUGGGACGGACCUGUACGGACAGAAGAACAGUGGGGGUGGAGGAAGCGGGGGAGGUCCUGAACUCCUGCUUAAAGACACAACACCUCUGGAGAAGGCUUCCUUACCGGAGAAGGCCUUCAGUGACAUUCCGUCACCGUAUCUCACCGGAACGAUCCGCAUGAUCCAGGCUGUGCGGCAGGCCUUUCAGGACCAAGACGACAGGAGGACAUGGGAUGGGAGGCCUCUGACAAUGGCUGCUACCUUUGAGGACUGUCUUUAUGCUCUUUGCGUGGUGGAUACCAUCAAGAAAUCCAACCAGUGUGGAGAGUGGCAGAAAAUUGUGGUGAUGACGGAGGAACCGGAGAUCAGCCCAGCCUAUUUGAUCAGUGAGGCCAUGCGGCGGAGUAGGAUGUCACUAUACUGUUAACAUCCGGCUGAUGUGCUGACCAUUUUAAAAUAGAAUUGGAGGUUGCAAUGCAAAGGCCUUGUUGUUGUUGGAACUUCAUUCAUACAGCUACCGGGUUCACUCAUUUUAAUACUGUCAAAUCUGUAUUGUUACUGUUACAGACAGCAAGGUUACACCACUAUGAUACAGUUAUGGUUUCCCAAUACCCUGCCUCAGCAGUAGAGGAAAAGCAAUGCGAUCAAUAAUCAAACCUUUAUUUAUAAGGAAGCCUUUCCUGUUGUUUUCCAUUUUGACAGAAGACUUCAGUCCUUCCAGGGAGAUUGUAAAUCAAACUGAUUCAAGAUAUAGUCGUACAAUGGAGGCAGAUCAGGGAGUGAAACUAAUGCUACUGUGUUCUGCUUAACCAUAAUGGUAUUGCGCCUCUUAGCUUCUCUUCUAUAUGACUGGGUCUGGAAGACAACACCUUACACUGUGGGUCCAAACGAGGACAGCCAAGGAAGAACGAUAGUCCUCUCAGUUAAAACUGUGCCGUUGUAUUGUUGCUGUAAUCCGAAGGACUUGUUAGUUUUAGCUGGUGAAUGUUUAAAAAAAAUCAGCGUGCUUGAUAGCUUCUGUCUGCUCUGUAGGCUUUAUCCGUAUGUGUGAAACAAGAGAGAAAAGAAAUCAAUGGUUUGGCUGGUGGGCUUUUCGGAAGGGUUUACCUUCUGCUUUAUGUAUGCAAUAUAUCCAGGUUGUAGUCUGCAGCACAGAUACUUUUAUCUUCCAGCCUGGGGUAAAGGGUUAAAAUACUCUAUGGUAUGCCUUUAUGCAGUUAGAGUAGCCUGUGCAUCUGUUUGCGAGUCCUGUAUGAGAAGCCAGUACAAUGAUACUUUUGCUGUUUGUUUUAUUUAUUUCAUGCUUUUUCUAGUUUUCAUGAAGCAUGGCCAUGAAAUACACAGAAUUCUGUGUGAUGUGAGCAUAUCUGUACUGAGCCUUAACUGUGGAUAUUAAUAGUCUUCUGAGCAAUGUGGGGGUUUUAUCCUCAUAUCGCAAUGCAAUGGGUCACACCUGCAUCAACCCACCGUGAUUUAGCAUUUAGCAUGCUUUAUAAAGCUUCUUUACCAUGCACAGUGAAAUGCAGGUUUGUCAGUAUGCAUCAAGUUCAGUUUAGACCCAUAUGUACAGUAAGACGGCAAAACUAAAUAAACUAAAUAACUGUGCAGCACAGUGUGGUGUGGUCGAUAGUGGAAUAGAUUAGCAUCCUUUUCCAUUUCUGUUAGAGGUGUGAAAUAUUAAGGCUGGUGUUAUUCUGUAUUAUUAACGCGUUAAUUUAUCUCUCAACACAUUUUGACUACCCUACUCAGCCCCAAGCCCAUUGAUUCAUUCUUAUUGAAGAUGUAAUCAUUAAAGCAGCAUCAGUCAAUAUGAUUUUUAAUAACAAUGUUUGAAUAACAAUGACAAUGGUUAGUGUUUAAUAUGAAAGGUGUUGCGAUGAACCCACAAAGAAUUUCCCACAUCUCUACGUAGCAUUUUAGCAUGUUUCAGCGCAUUGUUUUGGUUUCAUCGCCGACAACUUCGCUGUUUUGGUUCAGUCUCACUGCUCUAAUCAGCCUCGUUUGCAGCCACGACAGCACCAAAGGCGGACAGACAGACAAAAUUAGCGAUUAGUCAGUAAAUAUAAUAGAGCAAUUCACAACUAAAGAGCUGUUUUUUCCACUGAGCUAAAAGAGAAUGACUAUUGGAUUGUGACUUGUCUGCUGCAUGUGUAAAUUGUCAAAUAUUUGCUAAAGUGUUACAUUUAAAAGCAUGUAACAACUAUAUAGCUUUAAUUUAAACAAAGACCAGUUUCCACAAAACAGCUGAGCACAGUAUUUUUUAGGUUAUGCUACUCAAACAGGAGUGAACAGAGCUUGUUUGUUAGGGACUAUUUUCAGCUGUUCACUAAUCCACAUUUGGUGCUCUAGUAAGAAAAAUAUAGAACAUCACCACCCAUAUCCUGUAAGGCAUAAUUUACAUGCAUUAUGAGUGCAACUGGCCUUCAGAACUUCAGUGCAGCCAGACUCUAACUACUCACUUUACUAUCCGUCAAUCAUGUAAGAAAGCUAAAAAAAAUCAUAAGAAAGUAUUUGCAAAUACAGUUUGACUUAAGGUUUGGUAUUACUAAAUGCAGGUGAAAGAACAACACUGACCUACAAGCCAAAAGAUUGAUUUUUUUGAUGCAUCUCUGUUCCCCUGUGUGGUUUCAAGUUCUUAAACUGUGCUGAAAUACUAUCUAUGUAACAACAACUACUGAAAAUGUACAUAUAAAAAUAUUAUAAAACAACAAUACGCAUCUGUCUAAAGAAAUAAACAAGUACUGUAUGUAUUUUAUUUGUAAAAACCAAGGAACUGGAACAUGUUUCGAUGAGUGUUAAGGUAUUUAUUCUUUGUUUUUGCUGUUGAAGUUUUGUGGACAGACCUGCAGUGUAUUUGGGAGAUUAACAGCAGACUGAGGCCUUGGAGCGUUCAGCUUCUUCUAGUUCCCCAUCUAUGAAUUAUUGACCAAAAUACUCUUCUCUGAACACUGUUAUGAAAAAGCUUUAUGUUUGCUCUUAAAAUGCAUCAUAAGUCUUCACAAUCAUAAUCCAGCAUAACCACACUGUCAUCCAGUGCAAGCUCUGAUAUGUAAAAUCAACAGUUGCUUUUAUUGUUUAGUGUUUUGAUAUAAUGUGUCGCAUUACAACCCAUGGUGCAGUGUGAUCAGCUACAUAAAAUUUACUGAAGUUACAAUUUUAGGGAAAAAAACACCCAUGUUAACUAAUCUGUCUGUAAAUGCCAACACUGAUAAGCUAUCACUAUGUAAGAUAACUCGAUUUUUGCCCCUUGUGUAUUAUCACAUCUGCAUAUAGACUUUCCCCCUUUGUCUGAUAACAGUUUUCAUAAUACGAAUGCCUGAUUUAAACUUAGACAAGAUGUUCAUUGGAAUUCCCUGUUCUUAUUUAGCUCAAAGUGGCAGCAUCGUGAGCUGAGGAUUUAUGAGAGUGGAGGCCUCAAUUAAUGUCAGGCUUAAAACUUGAAUUCAAGUUUAAGCAACUAUUUAUUUGUCAUCAGAUAGUUUUCAUUCCCUCGUCAGGCCUGUAAACACACUUUAUUACUGUCUAAUUUAUGGCUCUGUACUGUGCCUUGGCUGUUAAGUCUGGAUGUAAAUUAUCUCCCAAUGGUUAACUGAUAAAUGUGCACAGGGAAUCUAAGGUGAGAGACCAGAGUUUAAACCUGCAUAUACAAUUAGGAUAGAAAACAUGCAACUGAUGGUCUCUUACAACUAUAUCAUUUGUACGUGUAUUGCUCUGUGAUGACAGCAAGUUAAGCUGACUGGAAAUGCUUGACAAGAAGAUAAUCCCCCUUAAACCCUGAGAAUGGUUCUGUCCACCAAGGUCGAAUACAUUGCCUUCCACAGAAGGAAGGCCAUACCAUUUUGAUUUAGGGUUACACAAAACAAACUGAAGGUUAAUUAUUUGUUUCCAGUAGCUUCACCAAUAGGAUCCAUUUCAUGCCAUAGUUAUUAGUACCACUUGAUGAUUAAUGAUUUAUUGAAAGUUUCCUGGAAGUACAAUGUGAUUUGGUGCUAAUUACAGUUGAAAUAAAGACAAAAUUGUGAGAUUGUUAGUAAAUUCAAUUGAGUUUCUUUGAUUUUUGGAGAAAGGUCCUUGAACUAAAUAUUAAUCAUUCACUUGGAAAAUGUAUUCUUCGUAUAUGUUAAAUUGUAUGUUUGUCAGUUUGUCAAGUGUACCAACUGAUCAUUUUUCCUAUAAUGAACCCUUUUUAAGUACCGCCCCUUUUUGCUCUGCUCUCCAAUAACAGUUGAGCAAGCCUCGGUCAACUUUCUCUUUUCUUGUAGCGUACUUAGAUAUGCUAUGUGCUAGGCUAGUUUAGCUGGUUAGCUAGCAUUUUGCUAACAUUAGCUAACAUGUGACUAUAUUUAUGUUGCUUUUAACUUUUAAGCAUCUUCAAGCAUCUGUGGUUGGCUUUUAAACAUAGAUGAGCUUAGCACAUAGCAUAUCUAAGUACAGGAAAGGAGAAAGCUGACCAAGGUUCAAAUGACACUGUUCUUCUUCCAGGAAACUUACUAGACAAUUGGAAAUUAUUAGAAAUUUACAGAGUUGUAAAACAAAGUGUUACCUUGUUAUCAUAUUUGAACAUUCUAGAUGCAGCCAUGACAGCCAUCUUCUGCAUACUUGUUGCACUAGUUCUGUUCUCAGUAUGGGGUUAUUUGAAAGAUUCUGGAGGGUAAAUGCAACAAAAUGAUAAGCUUGCUCUUGCUCACUAAGCUACAGAAAUUCAUCCAGCCUCCAAAGAAACACACUAGUAGUUAAACUCAGCUUUAAUUACACUCAAUAUUUUACCUGCUCCUGUUUCUUCCCUUUUGUCUCCUAAUAAUUGGACCAUGGCAACUUAGCUCACAGUGUUUCAUUACGCAGGAUUGCACAGGUUUUGGUUUCUGUGUGUGAGGAUCCUUGCACAAUAGACCCAGUAUGUUUAAAUCAGUUUGGGUCUCAUGCUAAGAUUGAAUUAACUAUAUUUAGUGUCCCGGAGGGUUACGUUUAGGUCAUUAAGAACCAACAGUGGUUCAUAAUAUCAGCUUAACCUUCUUGAGUUCUUUCAAGUGUCUGAAAUUUGGAUUUGCUCUCAAUUUUUGUCCAUGUCCACAGAAACCCGUCCUCCUCCAUGGAGACACAAUUAAAUAGCUCAGCAGACCCAUCAACAGCCAGCUGCCCAUACUCUGUGCUAAAUGUUCCAUUAGCAUCUGCUUUAAAUUAGGAACAUCACAAGACCAGACUUUUCAUUUCAGCCAGGACUUGGCAAAACACUGAAACACAAAAGCCCGGGAAUUUAAUUGACCCUUUCUGUGGUGUGAUGCUGAUAAUGAUAGUGAUGCAGGCACAAUAACACAGCCCUUUACUGCUUAUUAGUGAAACAUCUGCACAGGCUUUUUAGUGAUCAACCCCAGCUAGAUUCACACUCGCCUCUGCAUGAAGUUGCAGUGGGCAGCAGUCUGAAACAGAUGAGGCAAUAUCUGGGUUCUUAAGCACUGAAUAUUUAAUGAGUGGAAUUUUAAUGAGCUGAUACAGUAGUGUGCAGAUUUCAUACAUUUUCAAAAUUAUUCCGCAGCAUCAAACGACUGAUUCUCUUAUGUUUUCUUUCAAAUGUUGAAUUGCUUAAUAUUUUAUUUUUCAUUGCAUAUUGAAUAAUUUAGACAUCAAAUUGAUGUCCAGGUGAUGUAUCAUCAACAGUGUGGACGGUGCAGCUUGUUCUCUCAUGUGUCCCAUAGUACAAAUGCUGUGCUUUCUGUACUGAUGUAGAUAUUUUGUUGCCAAGAAUUUAAUUAUUUGUUAGCAUUAGCUUGUUGCUUGUGGCCUGUUAAGGACAAACCAGCUCUGUGCUUCAGAAAAAGGACAUUGCAGAAAAAUAACACAGGAGGUAUCCAGUUCCAACUUUGCACUUUGACUGCCUUGUUUGCCGACAAGUCGUGACUAUGAAUUGCUUGUUCUCGCUGUGCCAGCGUUCGCAAACCGCUCAGGAAAGGCUUUCUCUUACAGAGGGGAGGGGAGGGCGGAGGUGGACGUAGAGGUAGAGGAGGGAUAGGGUGAAAAUUGUUCAUUUUGGAGACGAACACCCUCAAAGAAAUGCUUCUUCUGCCCUCAGAGACCGUUACUUAGCAACUGGAGCCACGUUGCCAAAACUAGGUCCUGUCUUUUUUUUUCCCCCUCUCUUUCAUUUUCACUCACACAGCAACACACUACCCUCACUCCUCCAUAUGUCUACACACCUCUUUUUCUUUCCCCUCCUUUUCUGACUGACUGGUCAAAGGAUGAACUCUUAACAGGGGUUGUGAUUGAUCUGUCAUCUCACAUUUUUCUCUCAUCAGUCUCUUUUUUCACUCAAUCUCCCUCUUUCCCCCUCUCUCUUUUUCUUUUUAUUGUGAGUCAGGUUGAAGCCUGGAGUACAAGCUCACUGGUGCUUCUUCCCCCAAAAACAUUUCCUCUCCUCUCCUCUCCUCUCCUCUCCUCUCCUCUCCUCUCCUCUCCUCUUCACAUGCUUUUUGGAGCCAGGACAAAAGUAACCAAGGCAACCCCUUUAAUAAAAACUAAUAACAGACAGAUACCAGUUGUGAAUGCCUUUCCUCAGCUGGUUUAUGAAUGCUGACUCCUGCCAUGUCUUGCUGUACCUUUAACCUGUUCAAAGAAAAACAAAUAUCCACCUGGAUGCUGUAUUGUGACUAUAUCCGAUAUUUAUUGUUCUGUAUGUAUAUUGUGGACGCAUGGACCUCUGUACAUACUGUAAUUUGAGCUCUCAAACGCAUAUUUAUGGCUCUUAAUCUAGAGAAUGUACUUACUGUAGUAAUAAUUUAUAUUUUCUAUCCGUUAAGGACAAUACGCCAUUUUUAGGAGGUCAGUCGGUGUCACAAAAGUAAAAGCCCCUCUGAGUUCUCUGCGUGCUGUGAUGGUGCACUUCCGUUAAAUGACCCCUCCCAUCCUGUUUUUUCUUUUUUGAUUGACUGUGUUACUCCUGACUCAGUGUUUUACUGUCUCGUCUCACUGCACCAGUGCUCGGCAUCGGUUGAAUGUGGGUGUGUGUGUGUGAAAGUGGGGGGGGAAAAGUGUGAUUUAGUGUGUGUGCGUGUGUCUGCAACAUGGUUUACGGCUUCAGCACUUGUCUAAUGCUGCAGUUUCUAUGGAAUAAAAAAAUGUACAUCCAUAA